UGAAGAGAGAAUGUUUACUUCCGUCAAUAAUUCUGAGAGAAAGAGGAACAACAAAGAUAAAUAUUGUCGUAUGAAAAACAGUAGUGUUAUUUAUCACCAAUAGUUUGUAAACAGGUAUCUUAUAAAUACUAAUAUAAGCGUUUUCAGUUUAUGCUGACAACUCGAUAAAGUCUGAUGUUACCUUGCUUUUCUGUUUUACCUUGCUUUUCUGUUUUUCAUGCAGUCCGCCGCUGUUUGCUUUUGUUUUUGUAAGAUAUAUAUAUAUAUUUGAUAUAUAUAUAUAUGUAUAUAUAUAUAUAUAAAUAACUGUUUGCGGCCUAGACGGUAUGUUUUUGUGAACGACAGUAACCAGUAUAUUUCUGAGUACUACAGUAGUUUGUUUCUGUGCGCAAAUUUGACAAAACAAGUUUGAAAAUAAUCAUAACAGGUGAAAGAUGCCAUUCUUGGGUCAGGAUUGGAGGUCUCCAGGAUGGAGUUGGAUAAAAACCGAGGAUGGAUGGAAACGUUUUGAGUUAUUUAGCCAUGAAUUAGGAGACAACAAUAUCGACCUUGACCUGAACGAGUUGCAAGAUGAAAAUAAAGAAAAUCUGUUUCCAGGUGAAGAUUGUGAAGUUGUAGCCAAAAAAAGAAAAAAAGAUCAUUUCAACAACAAUACAAAAUCUCAAUUUUUCUAUCAGGAGAAGUGGAUUUAUGUUCAAAGGGAAAGUACAAGAGAAAGACAUGGUUACUGUACCUUAGGAGAAGCUUUUAACCGCUUGGAUUUUUCCAGUGCUAUACAAGAUAUCCGAAGGUUCAACUAUGUUGUUAAAUUGUUGCAGCUAAUUGCAAAAUCCCAGUUAACGUCUUUGAGUGGAGCUGCUCAAAAAAACUACUUCAAUGUUCUGGAGAAGAUUGUUCGAAAAGUUCUAGAAGACCAGCAGAAUCCUAGGUUGAUCAAAGACCUCCUUCAAGACCUUGGUUCCACACUCUGUAUUCUUAUCAGAGAAGUAGGCAAGUCAGUAUUGGUGGGUAACAUCAAUAUUUGGAUUUGUCGCUUGGAGACGAUACUUAACUGGCAGCAACAGCUGAACAACCUUCAGAUACCCAAGCAAGUAAGCAAUGGUGUUACACUUGAUGACCUCCCACUCCAUAUGCAAAACAACAUUUUGUACAAGUUUUCUGAUGGCUGGGAUAUUGUUAACUUUGGUCAAGUGACAUCAGCUUUGCACAUGCUCAGCGAAGACCGGCAUCUGUGGAAAAAACUUUGCCAGUAUCAUUUUGCUGAAAAACAAUCCUGCAGGCACUUAAUUUUGUCAGAAAAGGGGCAUGUGGAUUGGAAACUGAUGUAUUUCACACUUCAAAAAUAUUACCCAAAGAGGGAACAAUACGGUGACACGUUGCAAUUCUGCAGACAUUGUAGCAUUCUCUUUUGGAAGGAUUGUCAUCUUGCUUUAUUAUUCAAGGAUUCAGGACAUCCCUGCACUGCUAAUGAUCCAGAUAACUGCUUUAUGUCAGUUUCACCACAACACUUCAUUGACCUUUUUAAGUUUUAGUCCAUUCUGUUAACUUUGUUAUUCUUGUAGAGAAAGGCAAACUUGUGGCUGCUUGUUCUGCUUUAUGUGCAAUAUUUUUCUUUCUAAAAUAAAAGGGUUCUGUGAAAUAUA